CUUGAGGACGACGCAAGCGUCUCCAUACGUAGUUGGAGACGCGAUUAGAUACGAGAUUCGACAUCUCAAAACUUUGUUGUCCUUGUUGUUUACUUCCAGAAGCCGAGUCGUCAUCUGCGGAGUACUUGUUCUGGCAAUUCUUUCCGUCGUCAUCGUCAUGAGAGUGAUAAUCGUCCUCGGACAAGAUAAUGGUUCCUUCUUCGACUCGAUUACGAACGCAACUAUCGCCAGCACGCGCAAAUACGCACCUGAUCACCACCAGCACACCAGCACCACCCCGACGACUGUUCCAGCCCCGACGACGACGACGAAUGGUCCCCUAACCGACGCUGAACUGACUAAGCUGGCUGAAACGCGACCCAUCACGGUUCUCUUCGUCGGUGAUCUCAGCUUUAGCUCCAUAUCAAAAGAACAGUUCAUGAUAUACGCACAAAGCCAGCUUAAUGUGAUGAAUGCAGCUUUUGCAAAUGUCAACAUCAAGCUCAAGAUGAAAGUGCACGACACCUAUGUGAUGACUGCUGAUCAGGACAGGACCCACCUUCCGAAGAUACCGGGUCAAAGCUUGCCAAUCGUAAAAGCAACGAAAACCAUGGAUUUACUUCGCACAAAAGUUGCCGAAUACCCUGGGGGAAAUGAGUCUGACAUGGUGUUCGUAUUAACGAGAAGUUUUCUCCUAAACGACAACAAUAAGGUUGCUUCAAACUACUUCCACGAUCGAACUGGAGUUUGUGGGGGACGCUUCAAGGCAAUGCUCUUCAAAGACGGUCCCUUCUCCUAUCUCGCUGCAGGUACCAUGUGGAGUGUUAUUCUGAGAAGGAUGGCGAAGCCAGACGGAUGUAAAAUGGAGGAACGCUAUCGGUGCUACAACCAACUAAUUCCUACAUACAAGGAAGACUUGAACGCAAGCCUUUGCUACACAACCAGCAACACGGCAAAGGCACCCACGUUUUCGGGCGUAGUUGGCUUCGACAUGAAUAAAUUCUGUAAGGAGACGGCUGGUGGCAUUCUAGUACAAGCGGGCACAGACUUUAAAGUGGAUGAACAUUGCAUCACCUCGUGUGGCGUGACAGGGAUGACUAUUGAGACUUGCUUCCUUGGUCCAUGCGGGGCGACGCACGUUUCUGGACAAGGACAAGGAUGCUUCGACGAGGACAAGAUGCUGUGCUUCGACCAGACGUGUGGAAAGAAAUACAGCGAGGUAAAAGCACUGUCCCGUCGCAACUGGCACCUACCAGACAGUUAUUACGAUGAAGACGCUGCCUGUGCUAAACAUCCUUGACGUGGCGUUCCGUGGGCCACAAGUCCUCCAAUAACGUGUGUGGUGUAUUGCUUUGGUUCAGCCAAGUGACUCGAUUAACGUGCUCAAUAUUCGCGCUAGUGUUACAUAUAUCACUCAUAAUUGUGACUCAGACGUGUGAUUGAAUCAUGUGACUCUAUAACAUAUCUUCACCACUGAACUUUUGCUUGGUAAUUAUUGCAAUUGUGCUAUGAGCUGUAAAAGUGCGAUAUAAGUGCUACAACGUCAGAUUGCGUAAAAUGGGAUGCGACUGCGAACAAGGCUUAUUGUUGGAUGGCGAUUCUAUCAUACGCUAAACGAGUCCUAUCAAACUCGUUUUCUAAAUGUCGGUUAUUUGAAUCCUUUUAACUUUGAGUGACAAUUGUCUAGUAGUCAUGAUUUUUGGUCCUGCAACUUUUAGGUGAGUUUUCGUACAUCGUAAGCAUCGUAUUCGCGUUCGUAAGGGAUAGCGUUGGCGAUUCUGCGGCAAUAGAUAAAUAGAGCUUUGCGCAUUGCGCAGACCCUCCAUGCUCUUCAGUACUUACGCAAAGGUGCGUAAGAUAUAUUAAAUCACACUAAUAGCUCGUACGCAAGAAACAACGGACUUGCCGUGAUAACCGUGAAGUUUACAUAAACGCAUUCUCGUUUCAAUACAUAUUUGUGAUCAUAUACUACUGAGUGUGGUACAGUACAUAGAUGGAACGCGCUUAAUUGUGACGUCAAAGUGGAAAGGAUGUCAUCAGUUCAAAUGAAAGCAGAAAGAACAUCACGCCACGUCAUUGAAUGCUACAGAAAAUAAUGGAUAGAACGU